AUGGACAAUUUCGGCCUGUUGCCUUCACCUCUUGUACCCCGACACAAGCCCAACAAAACUACUCCCAAUCAUCGCCCUCUGCUCACCCUCUUCGGACCACAGCAGCCAGUUCCUGCUCAUGCAGCAGCUCGACUUCAAAGAUGGGCCCUUAUCCUGGCAUCGUACAAUUACAAAAUUGAGUACUGCAGCACUACAGCGCAUGCUGAUGCAGACAGCAUGUCACGUCUUCCUUUGCCACAAACGUGGUCACCCAAAUGUGAAAAUAUCGAGUGCUUCUUCUUAGAACCUGAAGUUGUAACCAAUGUGACCAGUCAGAUGAUCAAAAGAGAAACCCAGGUUGACCCCAUCUUAUCCAAAGUGUACAGUUAUGUCAUCAGUGGAUGGCCAAGUGUUGUUGAUCCCACAGUGGUACCGUUUAAGAAUAAACAAGAUGAGCUGAGAACCCAACAAGGCUGUGUGUUGUGGGGCACUCGGGUUGUUGUACCACCUUCCCUUCAAGAGAAAGUAUUGCAUGAACUUCAUGAAACCCAUCCAGGAAAGACAAUGUUACUGGAGUUCCUCCUGUUUUGCUGUCAGAAACUCCUGAUACAAGUUCUAUGCUAG